AUGGUCUAUUCCUUCAAACUCUACUUCUCCUUGUUGGUCUCUCUUGUGCCAUGGUUUCUUUUCAUUAGCCUCUCCGAUGCAAGGCCAAACCGGAAACCAACAACUACUCUAAUCAAUCAAAUUUGUUCCCAAACGAUCGGAAAUCCCUCACUGUGUCUACAAGUCUUAGAAUCCGAUACUCGUUCCGCUCGUGCAGACCUAAGAGGCCUUGGCAAAAUCUCAAUCGACAUAGCACGUAAAGAUGCUAAACAGACGUCCAAUCUCAGCACCUCGCUUAUGAAGGAAGCUACUAACAGUUCAUUAAAAGGGCGAUACGACUAUUGUGCCGAACUUUAUGGAGAUGCCAUUGAUGACCUUAACGGAGCCGGGCAGAUAUUGAACAAGAAGGUUUUGAGCCCGUUGGAUAUCUCGGAUUUUCGGAUUAGAGCCUCGACUGCUUGUUCUGGACCAAAUUUUUGUGACGAUGGCUUUGAUGAAGGACUACCAAAUGAGCCAUCAAAGCUUAAGGAAGCAAGUAAGAAGUAUAAAGACCUUUGCGAGAUUGUUUUGGUUAUUGGGGCUAGUUUUAAGUCUGGAUAG